UAUGUACAUAUGUACGUAGCUUUCAAGUUUCAGGAGAUGGUUCACCUUGUUCAGUGUUCACCUUGAAGGGCGAGAGACGAGGUGCAGGAAGUGAGGGGCGGCUUCCUGUAGAUACGGUUUCCUGUUCAUAUCAUUGCACGCCAGAAAACCUCGAAGCAAGCAGUAGCUGCGGCUUGCAGUGCGAUUGUGAUUUGAUCUGCUUCCACCAUUCUUUAGCCAGUUGUGGGCCAAUGAGCAUUGUUCUGUUGAUGGGCUUUGGAUCCCGUAGUGAGUGCUGCCACAUUUGAUUGGUGCUGCUGAGUAAUCCUAUGUGCAAGGCAGCGGACAGAGGAGCAGUGAAAUUCUGCGGGCAAAGUGCAGCUCCGCUUGGGCUGUGACUUGUCUCAACAAGAAAUUCAGAAAAGCUCUUCACAAUGGCUGGCUUUUUUAAGCGAUUCAAGGAUUUCUUCAGCAAGCCGGCUCAAGAAGAUGAAAGGGAAGAUGCAGAGGAAGAUUCCAGUGGCCCUUCCAUUGGAUUUGGCGGAGGUGUCAGGCAAGGAUUUAGCGUGAAGAGGGCAGUUCCUGCAAAAGGAGGGCAGCAGCCCGUGGUGCAGGGGGUGUUGACAGAUGGGGGGAUUCAGGGACUGAAUUGGUAUGCGCAACUUUUACGGCAAGAUGAAGAUGGAGAUAUUGCACACGAAUUCUUACGAGAGACGGCGCCAAGGGUUAGUCGGAGGGGAAAUCUUAUCAUACCUUCACUGGAAAUUGUACAAAAACUGUCACCAGUGACAGGUAGAUGGAAGAUUGACAUCAAAGAUGGUAAUAUCUUUGAGAUCCUAGAAUCAGCGUGGCCACGAGAUCGGAGGAGGAGUUGACAAGUCUAUCAUGGCCAAGCAUCGCAGCUUUCUGAGGAGAGCAAAGCGAUAUCAAGAGUUUCACCCCGCCGAGAAGUGCGUGUCAAAAGGCGAGCAUACGUACGUUGAGGUUUAUAUCUUGUGUAUACGGCUAGUUGACCAUGCCCUGAAGAAGUACCUUCUAUGAUAUGUCGAGGUGGUAGCGGCCUGAGCUUCAUCAUGGCGGCCAACAAUUACAUGCUUUGGACGCCUUCGGUCCAUCAUCCGAACAACUUGAACAAUUCCGGUGACAGUAGUUACAAUCCCGUUAGCCGUCUCAGUCUCUGCUCAUUGAUAUGACAGACGUUAUCCAAAUCAGCAUGACUAGUGCGAACUUCCUUUCCGAAUGUGAAUCAUUUAGGC